AUGCAACACUUCGAUAAUCAAUCGCCUCGAACUAAAAGGAGAAAGCUUGAUAAUGGCCAGCCAGACAAAAGCGCAGCCAUAACAUCGCAUACGCAACUGCGCAAUCUGCUGGUAUUUCAACAGAACGCCGUUGAGACCAAACAUGGCAUCAAUACAUUUAAAGAAUUCCUAUUGUCAAUCAGCCAGACAGAGGAUGGAAAUGAAAAGGCGAAAAAACGCGAUGUGCUAAAAGCCUUUUGUGACUCGCAAAUUUCUCGCACCGGGGGAGAAGACGAUGCAGCCGUCUGUUUUCCCGAUUUAAUCCAAACAUGGAACUUUGCAGACAGCAACAACAAUGAGUCUCUUCUGACGGUCGUUCCAUCUGUUCUGGCUAUAUUCUUGAAAACGGUGUCUAGCCAUUUGGAGUUCCGCGAGUUUGGACUUGCGCUAUGUAAAUAUCUACUCGAGAAGGAGCAGCUCAAACUCUUCAACCGUGGUAUGGCUGCGGUGAAGUCCAAGGAGCAUUUGAUCUCUCCCUGUCUUCGUUUGCUCACGGAGAUUGUCAGUUUUGACGGAGGUGCGGCAGCUCGCCAGGUUUACUCCAGACGCCACACCACCUUUAAGCGUCUUGAAGUGUUCCUGACCCCUAACAAGGCCCAACUGGAGGAUGCGGGAGAUGAAUCGUUUAGAUCUACUCUUCGACGGAAUGCUCAGCGAUAUGUUCUUGCCAAUCUGAGGUUCCAGCAAGCGUCGGCAAAGAACGACAUCCUCGAACAGCACAAAAUGAUCAGAGCGCUCUUUGAGUAUGUGAGGAAGGAUUCCCGCGAUAUCAUCCUGGAUAUUAUCAAAGCUUCCGAGAGAGAUGUUGCUCAAGAUUCUUCCCUAUCUAGACAGGCUAAGACGAAAUUCUUCAGUCGGUGGAACUUGGAGAGACUCGUGACGCUCUAUGGGUACGGCCAGGAGCCCGAAGAAGGCUCUGGGGGUGUGUCCAUCGCAGAUGCAGUGCACAAGGUUCUCAUGAAUGUCUGCACAAAGCCUGAGCUUGGUGUUCUCUUGCCGGAAUCCGGCUGGUAUCCCAACGGAAGUGACCCCGAGUCAGUACCGACCGAGGACGAUGCUUGCAUCGAACUUGGGCUGGAUUCCGCUGUGCAUGUCGACAAGUACAGAGAGUCUGUACCGAUUCGCAACGGCACACUUUCAUAUCUUAUCCAAACACUUCGACCAGACAUGAACAGCUCUCAAAUUCAACUGCUGGUAGCCAUAUUCAAGGCUGCGCCAGAGUUAAUUGCCGAUUACUUCACCAAGAAGACCAUGUUCAUUGCAGACCCGAAGCCUACGCCUUCAUGGAUGGCCGAAUCAGCAUUGCUCUUUUCGACGAUCCAGUUAGACGUUCCGGCAAACUGCGGCUGGAAGGGCAAGUUGCCCGCGAUGCCGCCACCAGUCUCUGUUGUUAUCGAGAGCAUCCUCCCGCGCCCUCUUACGCAGAAAAUAUUGACUCGUUGUAUCAAUCAAAAUGCUGAGAUCGUGACGCUGUUUGCGGUUCGCAUCUUGACGAUCGCCUUUAACAAGUUACGCGCGGUCUUGAAGAUAUUUAACGCUGACCACGGCUCUAGUCAGACAUUUUGGAAUCAGGCUACGGACAAAUUAGUUGCGGAGUUCUGUCGCCGCUGUCCUGCUAUGAAGGAUGUCAUCCUCUUGUACAAGAGAACGGAUAAGGAUGAUUUGUCGCAGCAGGAAGCUGUUGCGGAGCUAUUGGCCUGCUUCUACGAGAUCAUUCCAGAUAUUGCAUUGGAAGAAACUUUUGAUGUUUCGUUGCUUUUGGUUGAUAUAUUGAAGCGGUUGGAAACGCCAGAUCUUAACUCGGAUGACUCCGAGUCGUUACUUGGCCAGUUGCAGAGCGCCCUCAAAAUCGCGCAACAGUCUGCAUCCAUACGUUGGUGGCAAAAACCAGCGUCGAUGCCGCAUUCGGCUUUUACCUCGAUUUUCAAGGUUUUCAUUGAUGCCACGGACAAGGAUUCCUUGCAGGAGAUUGGAAACCUGCUGAGUAACGUGCUUGUGGAGAACUCUGUUCUCCAAAGCUCCCCGAAUUCCUUUUCGUCGCUUCUGUCGAGCUUCGAAAAGUCCGAGCAACUGCCUAACCAAUUGGCAUUCUUUGAUAACUGCAUUUGUCGAUUGGCAAAGAAGCCUGUCCACUAUCAAGACUUGAUUGGAUCUAUGUCAGCAGAGGCAGGAUAUGUUAGUGCUUUGUUUGCUGCUAUCUUCGAACAAUGGCCUUUUGUGAUCAAAAGCGGGGAUGCCGUUGCGGAAUAUGCUGUUGGUUCUUGGAUUGCCAGAGUUCUUGGGAAAUUCAAGCAGGCCGGAGAAGACACCAAAGUGUUGAAAUCUGUCCGAGACAGCUGCAUGGAAGCUACUGAGAACAGAAAGGUCAAGUCACUCCUGAAGAAGGCGUUGAAGUUUGCUGAAGAGGCUGAUGACGAUGACGCCACCAUCCAAAAGCAGAGCAAGCCUGUGCGGAAAGCCUCUCAGUCGCCUCCUAGUCAAGAGCAGAAGACGGAUCUGGAAGAAAUUUUCGGCGCUCUACCUACCGAAGGCACCACUCAUAAUGCGCUCCAGCGGUGGGAAAAAGAAGACCUUGAAGUUUCAGUGGAACAGGGCCGUAUCGCAGAGCUCAUGCUCUGUCUUUGCUCUGAGCAUGAAGAGGUUCGGAGACAAGCAUUUACGAAUCUUUCUCGGUUCAUCAUGAAGCUUAAGGAUUCUAAGUAUGUCGAGUGGCGGUCAGUUUACCUGUUGACUGGUGAACUGCUCGAAACCGUCCGACAGCUUGGUUUGGAGGCCCCCCUCCCCUGGAUAGUGGGCGAAUGUGCGUCCAGCUGCUUGUCUGUCCUGACGAAUCCUAUGCACAAGUUAUAUGGAAAGGUCAACAAGUUUCUCCAAAAAGCGCCGUAUUGGGAGGUGGAGAAGAUUGCAACAUAUUGGGUAGACAAGAUCUUGCUUCAUGAACCCGAGUUGGAUGAUGGGUAUUUUGAAGAGAUCAAUUGGCUGCUUGACUUGUUCGUCAAGGGUCUGCGGACAGGAGCAGACAUGGAAAUCUACCGUCGUGCCAAUGUCUUCGAACGACUCCUCUCUUUCUAUGAAUCACCCAGCGCCGGGUUCUCCGCAAAGAGACGAAUCUUGCAUCUGCUUUACCGAUCGACGCAGGUCGGGGGUAGCACGACGUUGAUCACCCGAGCCGCUGUUGUGAGCUGGAUCCAGAGCCAGAUCGUGGGCGUUGGGAAUGCGCGAGAUGCGUCCACCAUUUCUGCACUUGCUGAGGUGGUGGGUAAAUUAUCGGACCAUGGACGAGUGAAUAAGUGGAGCGGAGGGGCGUUGAUGCAAGCCGUUGAGAAUAUUGCAGGGUAA